CAAUGCAUCUAUUCCGUUGUCUCAACUCAUCAUAGGAGCAGCAACAGCGAUCGGCCUGAUAUUAGGCCGAAUUACAUUCUAAUUUGAAACGGGUCAAAAUUGGGUAACGGGUCUCAGGUGAUCGUUCAGCAUGGGUUCUCUUGUAUUUCAAGCUACGAAUCUUAAAUUGGGUUGAUGUCGGGUCGGGUUUAAUUAUGUUCAAUAGCAAUAAGGUUUAGGUUUCUUUGCUGCUUUCAACAGCUAUAUCGGGUUUAGGGUUCCUUGUUGAUUCCUCUUCAACAAUAUAGGGUAUUGUUGAUUUGACACUAAGGGCAAAGGGGCUUAUCAAGUUUAUUUGAGCGAAGUCGAAGCUUCAUUCGUUUGGGUUUUCACCAUAAGCGGGUAGUUGGGCAACCUUCACUGGUUCAUUGUGGAUCGAAACCAGAUUUUCGAUCACCGUGUUCGGUGAUGAAGAACAGCGGAAAAAGGGUGUUCCUAGUUCGAACUAAGGAUGAGGUCUAGUUACUGUUUGGCGGAGUCUGUGCUGAUUCUGUAUAAUCGAUAACGAUAAAUGAAGGAGAAGGAAAUGUUGAAAAUUUACCCACAUUGAGUCGAGUCUUGCGGUGGAUAUUAACAAGCUUUGGUGCAAGGUUGAGCUGAGAUCAUGAGAUGGAAAUGAGAAGACAGUGCAGGCUUUGGUGGCCAAACCACCUCUCGUCAGUUGAACCUGCAUCCUCAUUGUUCCUGUUUGGGUGGUUUUUUUCGUCCUCCCCAUCUUCUUUGGAUGUCAUAGUUGCCUUUACAUGCAAUGAAGCUUCACUUUCUUUGGUCCAAUCUAGUGUUCAGGAAAUCCUGUACGAGACAAAUAGAAAGAUGCCUGUCUCUCUGCAAGAGAAAUGCUUUUUCUCUUUGCUUGGUCAUUGUGUAGGCGCUCUAAACUGCAAUGGGCACUUGCUGACAUCAGGAGUGGGAGAAGAUAAUCAAAUUAACUUCACUCCUGGUAAUGUAUGUAUAGAAAGCAGUCAAUGUAUGUCAAUUGAAAAGAAUGGACAAUGGAACUGCAGAUGCUGCAAGCUUGAUGCACCUCUAGAGCAUUAUGGGUUAGUUUGCACAGAAAAAAGCAGUUGGAUUCAGCUAGUUGGUUCUCGUGGAUAUCUUGGUAGAAGAAUCAAGUGGAUCCCUAAAUUGCAUCACAUACAUUGGAAUAGGCUAACAGUGUCCAACUUUGAUCUCCACGUAAUACUGUAUGAAACUCCCGUGCUUGGAAGCCAUCAUUUUUCGAUGGGGUUUUGGAGUUCUGGGAAGGUGGAAACACCUCCUGAGAAACCUAAUUGGCUUGACAAACUUUAUCAGAAGGAGCAGCUCCUUGACUUGGAUACUGUGGUCUUGGCAAUCAACAGUGCUAAUUCUGCCACAUUAUUUUUUGAAAGAAAUGUGGGUCAUGAAGGAUCUGAUACUUGGUUCCCUGCUGUUUUCAUGUUUAUUACAGUGGCAUGGCAACUGUUGGCCGCAUCUAUUGCUUCAUUAUCAACUUUAUUCUAUAUUAUUUUUCAGUUUCUCCAUGGCUUUCUGAGUUCAGGGUCACAAUCAUGGAUGUAUUUCACAUUGAAAAAGCUAUUCUGCAAAACAUGGAGAAAUGCCCAUUUACGCAGUUGUCAAAUAUUAUAUUGGCCGAUUCUCUUAAAAGAUAAUGGUCUCAGGUCUCAAUCAUGUGUUGAAUAUGCGGAGAACGCUGCUUUACUUAAGCAUUCCAUGUGGUCAAAUAUGGCCAUUGAUGUUCUUUUGGGCUACUUUCUUGGUAUAGCAUUAUUCUUUCAUGCAGAAUCCACCUGUCUAUGGGUUUCAAGCUUUGCUGAUGGCUUUACAAACUAUUUGUUGCGUACUGGUUGUGUGUGGUUAAUGGGAGUACCUGCGGGUUUCAAGUUGAACACUGAACUUGCAGGAGUUCUUGGCAUGAUAUCUCUGAAUGCAAUCCAAAUUUGGUCAACUCUUUGGUUCUUUGUUGGUCGCCUCUUCAUUUAUUUUGUUAGAGGACUUGCUCUAACAGCCGUUCUUUUUGGUUUGACCACACCUGCUGCUCUGGUCAUUGACACAAUCUUGCUAGGAACAUUACAUAUUUCAACUCUUCAUUGGUUAAUAUCACACUUAUAUUCUCAACAGAUACAGGCAAUAUCUGCUUUAUGGCGCCUUUUCAGGGGUAGAAAAUGGAACCCUCUCCGUCAGAGAUAUGAUAGCUAUGACUACUCUGUGGAGCAACACAUAGUUGGUUCUCUUCUGUUUAUGCCACUCUUACUUUUACUACCAACCACUUCUGUUUUCUAUAUUUUCUUCACUAUUAUGAAGAUUAGCAUCAACUUUAUCUGCAUAGCAGUUGAAGUCAUUAUAUCCAUCAUUCAUGCUACACCUUACAUGAAGAUUUUGCUUUGGUUGGUGAAACCAAGAAGAUUUCCCUCUGGCAUAUGGUUUGAAAUUAUAUCUUGUCGUAGCAAUGGUGGUGAUCCUGUGAACAUAGGAUGCUCAAGUGAUACUUGUACAGUGUGUGAGACAUGGCGAAGAACAGGUACAAGUGGAAGCCAGUCCAGUGUUCUGGUUUCACAUCUUCGCAGCAACUUCUUAAAUAUAGGACAAGUUGUGUGGCCGCACUACAGAAAUGUGUUUGCUGUUAUUUCUGGGUCAUUUGUCGCAUCAUCAGCACAUAGAGUUCUCACGGGGAAAAGUAUUCCAUCUACACUGGGGGCUGGCUUUCCUCCAACAAUGCCGUGGAUUUCAAUCCCAUAUAAAGAGUAUUGGCGCCUUUGCCGCGAUGCGAUUCUUUCUUGCAAUGCAGUUAAAGAAUCAAACAACACUUAGCUCCAGUUUAGAUUAGUGUUUUUUGGUGUUCUCCCUCAUCUAUGCUUCCCCCUCCUAUUUUUUUAUUUGUGUACUGAGUUUCGUUGUUUUGUUUUUUGAUUUAGUUUGUUUUUGUUGGUGGUGGUGGUAUUUCCAGGGCCAUUGCAUGAGACCUAUUAAAUUGCUUAUUUACACUU